AUGAUGGAGAGCAGUGUUGAAAGACAGAAACUAAAACCUAUGGCGAAACAGAAGACAAAUGAUGACUGUAUUCAGAGACUUCACAGCUUAUCCUCAGCUGGAAUAGGUGAAGAAUGGAUGGAGCUGAAGAGAAGAGGGAUUGAGAAACCGGAUGAAGUGGAUUUGCUUGCAAAACAAGUAGUUCUCCAUCAGAAGAACAGUUAUCAUAACAGAUGA